CUGAAACUAUUAGUGGCAAUAGCGUGGGUAUAAAGUAAGAGCCUUUAGUUGAUAGGCAGCUCCCCGCUCCGUAUCAAUUCGAAAAGUCCUCAAGGCACGAUGUCGUUUACUCUGCCCGAAUCGAUGCAAGCGCAGUGCCUGGAGGCUUACAAGGAACCAUACAAGCUACGAUCAGUUCCAGUUCCCAAGCUUCUGGAGCCGCAUGACAUCCUGAUCAGGGUAGACGCUGCUUCGUACUGCCAUACCGACUAUGUCCUAGCGGAAGGACAGAUGCCAGGAUUGCCAAAAUCUUUCCCACAUAUUGGGUGUCACGAAUUCGCCGGUACGGUAGUCGCCAUUUUUCAGACGCCUAGCAAGGAAGCUGGCGCAUUCGAGAUUGGCGCAAGGGUCGGUGUACCAGGUCGCUCUUUCCAUGCUUGUGGCGCAUGUUUCGAGUGCAGGAAUGAACGCGCGGAGGAUCCAGUCGCAAUGGACGAAGGAGGCUACUCGGUGAACUGUGUCACUGCGGAUAACAAAGGCCUAAGCAGAGACGGUGGAUUUGCGCAGUAUGCCGUUGUGGACGCGAGACAACUGUCACCCAUACCAGAUAAUCUGACCGCAGUAGAGACCGCCCCCCUGAUGUGCGCCGGCGUGACCAUAUACGGAGCACUCAAAAGAUGCAGACUCAAGGAAGGUGACAGAGUCGGCAUACUAGGAGCCGGUGGUGGUCUUGGUCAUCUGGGCUUGCAAUACGGUGUCAAGAUGGGUUAUAAAGUUUUGGGUAUUGAGGCAGCAGAUGAGCCUCUGAAGCUUUCGCAAGAUGUCGCCUCGAGGUUGGAUCCAAAACCAUACAUCGUGGACGCUCGAAAGAAGAAGGCAAGCGACGUCGUUCGGGAAUUUGGCGGUCAGGACGGCAAGAAAGAUAUUGGAGAGAUGGGACUGGAUGCAGUGAUAGUCUUGCCUGAAAGCCAGGCGGCUUUUGACUAUGGCAUGACCCUGCUAAAGUCACACGGGACAUGUGUUUUGGUAUCGUUCCCAGAAAAGGGCUUCCACAUCAACUCGCACGAUGUCGUCUUUCGAGAUAUCAGGAUAAUCGGUAGCCUGGUAGGGAGCAACAAAGUGCUUCGUGAAAUGCUGGAUUUCUCCGCCAAGCAUAACAUUCGCGCUUUGUCGACUUCUUUUCCUCUGACAAAGUUGAACGAGCUGGUAGAUGAAUACCACAAGGGUCGGGGUGGGAAGCUGGUAGUUGAUAUGGCCCUCAAUGCGUAGAUCAAGUAGCGAGAUGAUUCCGUAUAUCUAAUACCUCCACAGAAUCAAGAGGAUUCCUCUUCUGCUUAUAUAGCAUCGAUGGAGUACCAUAAUGUCAAGUCACGUGCCGAUCGUGAG